AUGGGGCAAUACGAUGCCACGGAUUCAGAUGUCGGGUCCGGUGAACAGGUUUGGGAUGGUGGACUGAAGGGAACUCGCCUCUUCCUUGGAGGCACGGGGCUCUACGUGUCUUUCUUUCUAACAGGACUCGAAAGCACAAUUGUCAGUACCUCCCUGGUUGCCAUCACAGAUGACCUACGAGGGUUUGGCCGAAGCAGCUGGAUCAUCACCUCCUACCUUCUAACAUAUGCGGACUUUCUCAUGAUCUGGUCGAAAGCCGGCGACACUUGGGGCGUGAAGCCCAUGUUGCUAACUUCGCUCGCUAUUUUCACGGCGUUCUCGGGAGGCUGCAGCGGUGCGCGUACUCUGUCGGACCUUCUGGUCAUAUUCUCCUUGAUUCGAAUGGUGUCCAAACAGCACUAUGCUGCCGUCACUGGCUUGUCCGGGGUCGUCUUCUCCCUUGGCCUUGUCUUGGGGCCCCUAUUCGGAGGAGCAAUUGCAGAAGAUGGGGACUGGCGCUGGGUAUUCCUGCUUAAUGUUCCAGCAGGGGCUGUAUCUUGGGUUUUGAUCUUCUUUUCAAUGCCACCAAAUUUUCCAGCUUCAACCGAUAUACAGGCUCCGGCAUCGGAGUAUUCACCAUUCUGGUCUCGACAAUGGUCAUUACUUCGUCGGGUUGACUUUCUCGGGGCCUUCCUCGUACUAGCAGCAUCAGUGUUCAUAGUCGCUGCUUUGCAAGAGGGCAACUAUGACUUUGGCUGGGAUUCCAGUGCAGUGAUCGUCUUCUUUGUUCUCUCCGGGAUAUGUGUCCCUUUGUUCCUUUUGUGGCAGUAUGGAUCUUUCACUACAGGCCUCAGCAUGACUGUAAGCAUCGUCGAAAUACCACAACGAUUCCAAGUUGUCAACGACAGCUCCCCAAUCGGAGCCGGUGUCAAACUCCUUGCGUUCGCCGUCAGCGUCCCUGCUGGUAUGAUGUUCUGCUCCAUACUCACUGGCCGCCUUCCAGUACCACUUGUUUAUGUUGGGAUUGUUGGCGUGAUCAUGCAAGUCAUCGGGUUCUUCCUUUACUCCGAGAUCAAAGCGGAAACCCACAUAUGGCCUGGCCAGUUCGGAUACCUCGUCAUAGCGGGCCUAGGCACCGGACUUGGGGUUGCUGUGUUUUACCUCAUGUUGCCACUGGUGGUAGCGGUCAAGGACCAGUCCAUUGCGCUAGGAACAGGUUUCCAGCUGCGCAUGCUGGGCGGGGCCCUUGGUAUCGCAGCAGCCACGGCCAUAUUACACAGCCAUACUCGAAGUGGACUUUCAUCGUUGCUACCCGCAGACGAGGUGGACGCGUUUUCCAUAUCGACACAACUUAUUUCCACCUUGACGCCAGAAAUGCAAUCUCGCGUACGGGAGGUCUACGCCCAGGCGUAUAGUAUGCAGAUGAAGAUGGUCGGGGGCUUCUCAGCUGCCCAGUUUCUCGCCUUGGCGCUAGUGUGGAAGCGACAAAAUGUGCGAAUUGUCAAAAGAUGA